AACAUGUUGCUAUUCUUUUCCCAUCAGAGAAAUAAAGAACCAGCAGGACAAUGAUGGCGAUGGGAGCAUUUUUGUUUGUUUUGCUGCUUGCUCUGCUUAUUUUCUUCUUCCUGAGGCAACUCUGGUCCCGAAGACAUUUGCCUCCUGGUCCUUUGGCUCUACCUCUCAUUGGAACCUUGUGGGCUUAUGGGUUUUGGCUUCGUGAAGAUUAUUUCCGUAAGCCUGUAAAACAAUAUGGAAAUAUAUGUUCCAUGUGGGUUGGACCUCAUCUUCUAGUAGUGCUAUCUGGAUUCAAAACUGUGAAAGAAGGAAUGGCCAGCUUCCCAGAAGAAUUCUCUCAUCGGCCAGAAGAUGCUUUCAUGACUGCUCUAGGGAAUAAAAGGGGUAUUAUUUUCUCCAAUGGGCACAUCUGGAAACAGCAGCGACACAUCGGCCUCACUUCUCUGCGGAAGCUGGGCCUGGGGAAGAAGAGCAUUGAGCAUCAAAUACAAGACACAGCUCAGACAUUGGUAGAGAGCUUUAGAGAAACAAAAGGACAGCCAUUUGACCCUUCAAUUCCAGUAAUAAAUGCAGUUUCUAAUGUCAUAUGUGCUUUGAGUUUUGGACAUCAGUUUGCUCCUGAAGAUGAAAACUUCCAGAAGUUAAUUCAAGUCCUUGAAAUUCUUGUGAAAUUCUCUGGUGGCUUUUUUCAUGUGAUGCUUUUUGUGUUCCCACGAUUAAUGAGCUACCUCCCAGGCCCUCACAAGAAAGCCCUGGCUGCUCUGGAUGUGAUUGUCUCCUUUGCAAAGCAGGAAAUAGAGAAACACAAGGAAUCUCACUCUCUGGAUGAGCCACAGGAUUUCAUUGAUCACUAUCUUCUUCAAAUGGAGAAGAGCAGAAAUGACCUGAACUCUACCUACAAUGAAGAGAACCUGGCUCAGUGUAUUUUUGAUUUUUUCGGUGCUGGAACAGACACAACCUUUGCUACUCUAAUGUGGGCACUGCUCCUCUUGACAAAUCAUCCUGACAUCCAAGAGAAAGUCCAGAAGGAGAUUGAAGAUGUGUUUGGCUUCUCGGGGUCAAUUUCCUAUCAGGAUCGGAAGAAGCUGCCCUACACCAAUGCUGUGAUUCAUGAAAUGCAGCGUUUAAAAAGUGUCUUGUUAGUUGGGUUUCCCAGACAAAGCAUAAAGGAUGUGAAGAUGAGGGGUUACCACAUUCCUAAGGGGAGCAUUAUUAUCCCAGACCUGCGCUCUGUUCUUCUUGACCCUGAACAAUGGGAGACACCAGAAGAAUUCAAUCCAAAUCACUUUUUAGAUAAGGAUGGGAAGUUCAUGGAACGGGAAGAGUUUUUGUCAUUUGGAAUAGGUCAACGGGCAUGUGUGGGAGAGCUGCUGGCAAGAAUUGAGGUCUUCAUCGUUCUGACCAGCCUGCUGAGGGCCUUCAGUUUUCGGUUGCCUGAAGGAGUGAAAGAACUCAAUGAAGCUCCUGUUGUAAAAGUGAUGGCACAUCCACACCCUUACAAAUUGUGUGCGAUUCCCUUACACUAUUAAGCUUAAACACCAUAAAGAGCGUAAAAUUAGUUACAGCUAUUCAAUAUCAUAAAUGUUUCCUAUAUACCUAUUCACUUAAUAUUGCAUUUUGCUUCUAUUUACUUCUUCAACCUAUUGCUGGGUUCACACAACAUACAGUACCUAACAAGGUCAACCAAAGACUAGGAGAUGCGGGUGAAAAAUAUGCUAACUAAGCUUGUUAUGUCCCAAAGAUGCUUUUUUCCAAAAAGCAAUUGGACUUUAUUGAUUACCUAAAAAGCAACCCUCAGAGUGCUAAUAUUGAGAUGACUACAAAGAAUAUAAAUCCUUCCAUUCCCCCCCCCCCCAGUCAGUUAGAACCAAAGAAGCUUCUUGAAUGAGAAGCAAAAUGUUUUCAAAUAAAAAAAAAACCCAAGAAAGUUCAGAUGCCUUUUGGGAUAAAGCACCUCUGA